AUGAGCGGUGCAGACACGUCCAAAUUCCUCGUCUCGGAGGCUCAGCUAGUCAAGGACGAAGCUCGCAGGCGGAAGGCGGAAGAGACCAAAGAUCUCGGCGACCCGCUCAAGCUAAAGGGUGUCCCCCUGGACAUCAAGAUCGUCGGGAACGAUGCCUGGAUAGCUGAGAACUCGCACAAGAUUCGCAAGCUGGAUUUGGAGACAGGAAAUACGUUGCAGCUGUAUUCAGGGCAUGGCGGCCCCGUUACCUCGAUCGCGUUCGUGAACGGCUCUCCGACCGAUGAGAAGGGAAUCCUCAUCUCAGGCUCCUGGGACAAGACCAUCAGGCUCUGGAAUACCCAGGACAAGUCUCUGAUCUCGACCACCGAUGCGCACUCAGACUUCGUGAAAACCCUCUUCGUCGUUCCCUCCUUGAACCUGCUUAUAUCCGGAGGCUCUGACAAGAUUGUGCGCCUAUGGGACCUUUCAUCCGCUGCAGAUGGCAAGCCUCUGCAUAACGUCGGAACCAUCGACUCGCACACGAGACCCAUCCAAUGUCUACACGCAACCGCGACGUCGGACAAGACUGCUACCUUGUAUACGGCUGAUACUAUGGGUAUAAUACGGCUAUGGGAACUCACGAAGCAAGACUCCGAACCUGCAUACUGGCGCAGCACCCUCAAGCGCGAGUUCACGCACCAUCGGACAGGCGUGAACGAUCUACACGUCGCGCCCGAAUACAUGUGGACAGCAUCGACGGAUGAGACCGUGCAGCUUGUGCCGCUCGCCGAAGUAGAUGACAAGAAGACCAAGCCACCACCGGCUAUCACCCAUCCAGGCGGCGUCAAGGCGAUUCUGCCUCUGGCGUUGACAGAUCUAGCAGAGCCAUACCUCUUCACGGCGGCUGGGGAUGUCAUCCGCACAUACGAUGUAUCGACACCCGACGAGCCAGAGCUCAUAGGCGAGGUGGACGCGCAUUGGCACAACGUGACGCUACUGAGGCUGUGGAUUCGGCGGACUGUAGGGGAGGACGGCCAGACUCGCGUGGAGCCGUGGCUUGUGAGCGCCAGCUUGGACAAUACGAUUCGCAAGUGGCGACUGAGUGACCUGCUCCAACCCAAGCCAAAGGUUGUCGCGUCAAAACCCUCCGCAAAGGCGAAGGCAAAGCCAGAGUUCCAGAUGACCGCAGAAGAAGAGGCAGAGUUAGAUGGGUUGCUCGAUUCUGACUAG